GUGAAUUAUUACAUAUCAUUAAUCUUUCAGAGUUCUCUCCCUUCUGUUAUUGCUUUGCCGUUUCCGGUUUGAUCCCCACGUGGGUUUUUACAUUGGAAUAUGUUUAGUACCGUUAUAUCUAGUGAGACUGGAAUCAGACAACCAAAACCCAGAACUGUUUUAAGAAAGAGACAUUUAUAAACUUUUUUUUUUUAUAUAAAUAAAACAACAAAUUCGAUUCGUCAUUAAUGUCAGCAGACUGAAAAGAACAAUGUCGACUGUACUGCUCGGUGUUCCCGACACCGAAGUCGCUUCCCCGACCUCAUGGGACGUCAACAAGAUAGGAGGGCUUCCUGACCUAAUGAUCCAUCUAUCUACGCCCAAGUGUGAGGGAUGCUCAGCUCUGAUGAUGCAUAUACUACAGAUUUAUUGUCCAUUGGAGUUGUCUCCCUUCCAUCGUAGUCUCCAUGUGUUCGCCUGCGUAACAAGAUCAUGCUGGAACAAGGAACAUGGGUGGAGGGUAUUCCGAUCUCAGCUGAGAGAUGCCACCAGUUGCCAGGAGAAGUCCGCCAAUGUUUGCUCCUCCAGUGGUAGUAAGGUUGCUAUGGAAACCAGUGAUUGGUGUGAUGAUGCAGAUGACUGGGGCUGCGAUGAUGAUGAUGCUCAAGAUUUGGUUGCCAUGGUAACGGACAAUUUCAAUGCAGUUGCCACUGAGAGUACAGCUGGUGCUACAGAUGAUACCCCAGCAUCUCCAGCUACGUCCACCAGCGGUCAGUUCGAGCUAGAUGAAACUGAGGAAGCACUUGUCUCAGGACUGGACGAGUUAAAUGUGGAGGAUGGUGCAGCACCAGGCAAUGUCAAGGGAGAUGACUCUCUCCUCCCAAAUGAGAAAACAUUGGCAAAUGUGCUCAGUUACUUGGCAACGGACCAGCCAGAUGACACAGGUCAUGAUGAUGUGAUCCUGCUGAAGUCUGCAGCUUCCCAGUCUACCCCCCUACUGUCGUACCAUCUAAACGUGUUUGAUGAACCGUCCGCUGAUGUCACUGACGAGGCCCAUGUGGCCAAACUGUUGAAAGCUUACGAGAGAGCAGAGCGUGUUGAUGUCAGGUCACUGGCAGAUGAGGAUAGGGAACCUAAGGGUGGCAAGAAAAGUACAUCAGCCGAAAAGUAUGAAAAGACUGAGCUGAAACAUGGAGACAAGUGCUUCCACAAGUUCAUGAAGCGUAUAAAGCGGUGCCCAGAACAAGUUAUCAGGUAUCACCAUGGAGGAAGCCCACUUCCUAUCUCUGCCUCCCCGCUAGCUCCACGCCCCUGUCCCGCGUGCGGUGCUGCUAGGGUGUUUGAGCUGCAGCUGGUGCCGUCACUGGUGUCCUUCCUGUGUCAGAACAAGGAACAAGGCCCUGUAGUGGAGUUCGGGACAGUGCUGGUGUACACCUGCAGCAGCAGUUGUUGGCAGGAGGAACACACGAUUCCCUGUGAGGAGCUUGUGAUUGUACAGUCCGACCCUGACCAACACCUGUUCAAAUCAUGACGCUGAUUUCAAUGGCACUGUUCCCCGAGAGGAGCUUGUGAUUGUACAGUCCGACCCCGACCAACACCUCUUCAAAUCAUGACGCUGAUUUCAAUGGCACUGUUCCCCGAGAGGAGCUUGUGAUUGUACAGUCCGACCCUGACCAACACCUGUUCAAAUCAUGACGCUGAUUUCAAUGGCACUGUUCCCCGAGAGGAGCUUGUGAUUGUACAGUCCGACCCUGACCAACACCUGUUCAAAUCAUGACGCUGAUUUCAAUGGCACUGUUCCCCGAGAGGAGCUUGUGAUUGUACAGUCCGACCCUGACCAACACCUGUUCAAAUCAUGACGCUGAUUUCAAUGGCACUGUUCCCAGAGAGGAGCUUGUCAUUGUACAGUCCGACCCCAACCAACACCUCGACAGAAAUCUGAACGUUAAAAUCCAUGUUGUUCUUGACGCGAUUUUGAUUGGACUAUGCAUAGACUCAUUAGUCUUGCCUCGGGAAGAUGUGCGAAGCGCUAAGGUGGUCACAACUCGCAUACUUUAACAUGUUUAACAUUGUCUUAAGAUAGUCGUAGCGCUAAGAUCGCUUUGUGGAUUGUGAAAAAACAAAAUCAGUUUUGAUAAGUGGUUUGAAUGUUUUAUUCCAUACAAACUCCUACUGAUAUGUUAAAGCGUUGAACAUUGUAAGCUGUCAACCUUCAGAUGUAGGCUUUAUGUGUGUGUGUGUGUGUGUGUGUGUGUGUGUGUGCAUGGAACACACGGUGUGAAGGUGAUGACUACACACUGUAGCUGCUUAUACAACAUAUAUGUACAACACUCGUUAACAAACGUAAACAACACUUAAGUUAAAUAAAGAAUCAGCACCUGUUUCAUGUUAAAAUGUAAGAUUAAAAAAUAACAAUAAUAAUAAUUGACAAAUUAAUACACAAGAAUUCUUGUCACAGUUAUUUACAUCAUGUAUUUCAGAAACUUACAAUUAGUUUGGAAUAUUUGUGCACAAUAGAGUCCAGAAUAUUGACUGAGGAUAUCACUACUCUGCAGUCACUUUAUUGUUCUACAGAUCAGAUUGUUUUUCUUUAUUAGAAGUCUGUGUAUUUUUAUACGCAUUGUUUACAGGAAGAUAAGUUUCCUGUAACAACUCCUAAAUGUUUCACGGAAAAAAGAUGCCUGCUUUCAAGGCGUGUUAACGGAGUGAUAUUGUUUGUCAAACAAAUGCAUUUAUUACAAAAUGGUAAAAAAAUGAUUUAUAUCCCGAACAGUAUUUAUCUUGUUUAAAUGUAAAUAAAAUCAGGGUUUCCUUAGCAAGAUAUCAAAUUGUUCACAUGACCUUGAAAGUAGGCGUACACAGGUAUUAAAAGAGAAGAACGCUUUUGUCAGUUGUGCGCCCUAAAUGACAUUGAAGAUGAAUAUCACUUCCUUUUAUAUGCCCAUUUUAUGUAACAUUAAGGGCUAAGUAUACACCUGAAUAUGACUAUGUUAAUCCCAAUUUCUUUACACUCACAUUCCUGUUAAACAAUUCGAAGUACUAACUUUUACAAAAGUUACCGAUGUUUGUUCAUCAUGCAAUGU